CACUGAUUGGUGCCGCGUGGUUGGACCAACUUAUAUCAGUCACCCUCUUCCAUUUCCACCUGCCCAUUUGUCAAAAACCUUAUCCAAAAUCUUCUUUAGAGUACACUCCUUCGACAAGAGAGCGAUAAUUCUAAGUUUCAAGUCACAUCGACUGAUUUCUCCUCUGCAUAGUCAUGGCAAAAGAAAAGAGGAAACUCACAAAGGACAAUCCCCAGUCCUCUCCGCUGCCUAGUCCAUCACAACAAUCAGAUGCAAAUAUGUCGAGUAUUGUUCUGCCUUUAAUGCCAAAACGAUCGGAUGGCAACAAUGAUACUCACAUUGUUGGAAUUACUAGCAGUGAUUUUCGCAUCCAAUCAGAGAUGAUAGUUGGUACCAAUGCCGUGAAUUCGGAUUCUGUAGGAACUUCGGACUAUAGCAUGGAGUAUAUGCAAAGACUUCGAAGCCUUGUUGCCCCAAAGACGGCGCUCGAGGAGACAGGAUACGUCUUGCAGCCUCUUUCUGAAGAUGCGAUACAGAGAAAGAAGAGAUGCGGAAGGUGUGGAAAGACGAUGCUGAAAGGGAGAGUGGAUGGUCAAGGCAAAGGCACAGAGAAAGAAAACAGACAGUCACUACUGGGUGGGGAAGGAGAUAAGGGAGUGGACGAUCAACAAAUCGAGGAGAAUAAAGAUGAAAUUCCUUUUAUGGAAGAUUUCCAACCUAAGGUGGAAGAAUGCGGAACUUCAAAAGAGGACGGUCACCGCUUGGCAUUAAAUCCACCUCAGAUUCUCAAGCCUGUAGUUCGUUGCAGAUUCCACGAUGGUAUUGUUACAUAUAAGGUAUGGUCAUGCUGCGGUAAGCAUGUGUCCGCGGACCCAUGCCAAGCAGCCGAGUUCCACCUCGCACGCGCCUACCCAGCAGGCCAACUCGAGAGUCUUUGGGCAUUCUACCCGACUCCUUGUGCAGGUGUCUCUCACCAAGUCCGAGCCGCAGUCGCCAUUGAUUGCGAAAUGGGAACUGCAAAGUCGGGAGACUCAGAACUUAUUCGCGUAACGCUUAUUGACUAUUUCUCAUCCGAGGUCCUGGUUGACAAACUGGUGUAUCCCGAUGUCGCUAUGGAGCAUUACAAUACACGGUUCUCUGGAGUAACGAGGAAAGAUAUGGAGUAUGCUCGUAGGUCAAGACAAUGUCUGCUGGGAAAGAAGAGGGCAAGAGAGGCGGUUUGGAAGUUUGUUGACCCGCAUACGAUUGUUGUGGGUCAUUCGGCUCAUAAUGACUUGACGGCGAUGAGAUGGAUACAUGAUGUUGUGGUUGAUACGUGGUUGGUCGAGUCCGAGAAUAAGAAGGCGAAAGAAGUAGAAGCGAAGGCUAAGGCUGAGCGAGACAGAAAAAAGCAAGAAGGAUCUCAGACUCAAAAUUCACCGUCUCAGGAUUUGGAUAAAUUGAAAGAGGCUCAGCAGCAUAAAGAGAGCCCGACGAAGAAAGUGAAAGGUCGGGGGACACUUUCGUUGAAGACAUUGACAUGGGAGAGGCUGAGGAGGGAAAUACAAACUACUGGAAGAAAGGGGCAUGAUAGCCUCGAGGAUGCGAUUGCGACUAGGGACUUGGCUCACUGGAACGUUCUUACGAAUUGUUGAGGGUAUAAAUGCACAAUGAAAAGCAUGUUCUUGCCUUCAUGAAUUAUAAUGAUGGCCUAUCCAAAACCGGAUUUUCCA